AUGAAGAUACCUGAAGCAUUCAUAGAGUUUUAUACUGACUUACUGGGAACGAACCAGGAAGACAGGGCUCGUGUAAAUAGCUACUUGGUUAAGCAAGGUCCUCAGUUAAUGAGGAGCAAAGGAAUGGGAGAAUGGAAAUUAGUGGAACUGAUCCUCAGUGGGCUCAAAACAUUCUCACAAGUAUCUGGAUUGAACACAAAUGCAGCCAAGUCGAAUAUCUAUAUGGAAAAUAUAGAGACACAAUGCCUCCAGGAUAUCUGUGAGCUAACAGGGUAUCAGCAAGGAACACUGCCUUUUAGAUAUCUUGGUGUGCUAAUUUCUUCUAAGAAGCUAUCAGCCACAAAUUGUGAAAUGCUAGUGGACAAACUAGCAAUAAAAGUAAGAACAUGGGGUACUAAACACCUAUCCUUUGCUGGUAGGUAG